AUGGACUCCAUUCUGCCAAUGGGCGGCUUUCAGCUGCCGUUUCAGCGCCGGCUGAGCCGUCUCUACAAUGACACCAAAAAGUCGGGCGACUUCGUCAAAGAGCCUGCCCAGCAUGAGGACGACCCCGAGAUCAAGGCGCUCUAUCGCAAGCUGCGCAUCCAAAAGGACCGCUUUGUCAGCUGGGGGCUGGAGUGGUCAGAUCCCAACCAGUCUACCGAGAUCGAUGAGUCUCUUUCCAAGGCUGGCUUGAGUGAGGUUGUCGGCAGUAUCAUGUCUACUAUCAAAGACAUCCUUGCUGAAGCCGAGCCCCUGUGGAUGAGCUACAAGCGAGUCGUUGAGGGAGUUCGACCAUCGCCAGAUCGCAAGGCGCCCUUGGUCCAGUGGGAUAAGACGCGGUUCGAAGACCUCAUUCGCGAUCUCACUGCUUCCAUCGACACCCUCUACGACUUGUCGCGAAUGCGCUCAACCGAGGUCUCGACUCGCCAAGUGACCAAGCUGGCUAUCAAGUCGGCCGCCUCCGAGGGAGAUUUUAGACCAUUCGAGUCGACGCGCAUGCAGACUCCCCAGCAGAUCGACCCCAAAAGUCUGACGCACCUGCAGCCGCUGCAAGAUGGACUGAGUGCUAUAUCGGCGUCUUGCCGACACGUUGUCUACAUGAGCAAGACUGCCUACUCUGAGCUCACAACGCAAGGGGCUACUCGUCAACCAUGGGCUCCUCUGCUGCUGGAGUACGCAAACUUCGAUCCCAUCUACUCGACCACAGGCAUCAUGCCCCCGAUGGCUCGUUUCGAGAAGCUGUCGGCCGCCCUCCAGCAGGAUCCCCAGAGAGCCCCUGGUGCGUGGACGGGUCUCCCUCGUCUGCUCGGUUACUUUGAAGACCUUGAGAACUCCCGGCUGGGCCUGGUAUAUCUCUUUCCUCCUUCGUUCAACACCCUGGCUACCACCAGGGUGAGCCAGAAUCCCCAGUAUAGCUUGCCCACGCUGAGCGAUCUUCUUGCACGAGGUGGCUCUGAGCCUCCGCUCGAGGCAAAGUUUCGAUUUGCCUACAACCUGACAAACACAGUGUUCGAUCUGCACGCCAGGGGAAUCACUCAUGGCAACCUCUGCGAUGCCAAUAUUUCCUUCAGCAAAACUGCUGCGGCAGAUCCUGGCGAUAAGAAUGCCCAGGUGGACGUUCGUCGACCUGUGUUGUCAUCGUUCGAUGUCUUUACGGAAGAAGAGUCGCCCGAAUCCUCAAUAUGGCGACAUCCUCUUGAUCCUCGUGCUGCCCAGACAUCGCCUCUCCCAAAGUCGACAGACGAGCGAGUCUUGGAGGUCUACUCCUUGGCCAUGGUGCUGCUCUCCAUUGGCCUGUGGACAAAGCUGGAGAGUCUCGCUCCCACCGCAGCGCCCACGACCGUUCCUGAGAGCAUACUGGACACGCUGGCCAUCAGAUGUGGUACGCUGUACAUGAAGGCAGUCCAAGCCUGUUGGAAGGUUGUCGACGACGAACUUUCUGGAAAUUUCAAGGGCGAGUCGUUGCUUUCCGCCGUGCAGAUGCGCGUCACUCGCUUCCUGGAAGCCUGCUGCAUUCUGGAUGGCGUCAGCGGAUUCGAGGAGAGACUGGGCCAAGAGUCGUCACCUAUCGAACCCGCCCCGUUGUCUACAGCGGGGCCUUCGAAGGACGGCAAAGCAAAAAAGACAUUGCCAGGGCCUGCUGCCCCUGCUGCACCCGCCAAAAAGCCGCUUCCACCACCCGCCCCGACUCAUAUUCCAGCACCUACCACUGAGACAAAUGGCGACACAGAGCCCGAAACGAAGGAGAGCAAGUCCGAAGCCAAGGUCCGGCUAUACCCUCACGUACCCCUACCCCCCGAUGUGGUGGAGAAGUGGAAUGCCAUCCUCAUGCCCCAGAUCAACAUUGCUCUCAAGUCAUUCUAUCGGAAGCACCCAGAGUCCGUCGAGAUAUCGCUCGAGUCUGUGGGCCCAAGCCCUCACCAGACUAGACCUACCGUCCUGGUUGUCUGCACAUCCGUUGGCAAAGUCCGGGCCAUUCUGAAGAAGAAGCUCAGUGAGCUCUUCGACGACUCUACAGGCUUCGGCCUCAAGGUCUGCCGUGGAAGCGUCAUUCGGUCACGCAGACAGGCAGGGGCCAUCAAGAGAUCCAUGGCGCGGGGGAGCAGGUCGGGUGGCAAUGCAGGCAAUGACAGCGACGAUGACCAUGUCGAAGCCGUGAACCCAGAGUAUCAGGAGAGGCCACACAAUGGCGCAAGCAUUGGAGCGUGGAUAGGUGAUCGCCAUCUGCCGCCCGUCAGCUUUGGCGGCCUGGUCAUUGUGGACGACAAGACCUAUGGUAUGACUGUGCACCACAUGCUCGAUGACCCGGAUCGAGACUUCGGGUUCCCGGACACAAUGCGCAGCAGCGCCAUUCCUGGCCGCGAGUGGCUCCCCGAGUCGGCCUUUGGCAGCUUCGACAGCGAGGAUUUUUCCUAUGAACUCUCUGACACCGAAUCGGAGCCUUACUCAGAGACGGACCUGACCAGCGAUUUUGAGGAUGAAGAUGAGGAGGAAGACGAGGAGUACAAUGAGCCGGGCGAUAUCCCAGGCAUCGAGCCGGGGUGUGGUGACGGCUAUAUCGUCACCCAGCCUGCGCUCGACGACGUCGAAGAGGGAUUUUAUCCAUGUGCCGAGACGGAAGACGAAGACCAUCUUGACACGUUCAGCCUGGGCGAAGUGUAUGCUUCGAGUGGUAUCCGCCGCAAGCAAGCCAAUGGCCUGCUCCACGAAGUCGACUGGGCUCUGUUCGAAUUUGCCGAUGGACGCCUGCCAGACGACAACUGCAUCCCCAGGAUUUUCGAUGAUGGGGACCAGCAGUCUCGCAAGAGGAGCAAGAACAGUCAGCCGCCACUCCGCCCAACCACGGUGGCACCAUGGGCGGCACUUCCAGGCCUCGAGGUGCAGUGUGUCGCGCGGACAAGUGGCACGCAGACAGGGCAGAUCCUACCAGCCCUGACAAGUGUCAAGAUUUACGGGCGCCAGUCACCAAGUCAUACGUAUCAGAUCGCCAGCACCCCGCCUUCAGCAACGGGACCUGCGGCGAAGGCCUCCAUCCCGCUCGGUAUCCCCGGAGACAGCGGCGCCUGGAUUGUCGAUCGAUACCAGGGGCAGCUCUGCGGACAUGUACUGGCCUGGAGUCAGCGCAAGCACGUGGCGUACAUGUGCCCGAUGGAUGUUUUGCUGCUCGACAUUGCGCAGACUUUGGAAGCAACUGAGGUGCGGCUGCCCGGCGGUGAGCCUGUCGUGAUGCUCAAUACCGAAGAGCUUGACAGCACAAGACGGGUGGAAGAAGAUGACGCCUUAGAAGAGGAAGGGGAAGAAGAGGAGGGCGAGGAGGAGGAGGAGGAAUACGACAUGCCGCCGGUGCUUGUGGGCGAGCCGUCGAGCCCGAAGAGGAUUCCAACGCCGGCCACGUCUUCCAGUCCGAUUAUACUGGACGUCGCGGAGAUGCCGGGGCUGACGAGGAAGAUGGAGAGCAUGAAGGUCGGGACGCGUAGGAUUGAUGUGAAUGGGUAAAAGAUUGGGAUGAUUUGCGUCUUGGGUUCAUGACGAUUCGGCAGUGUUAUGUUUUCUCUUUUCACUUCUUGUAUACCCUACUUUUUGGCAGAAGAUCACGCAGUAAGCUAUGAU